UCUUCACACAGCACCAUCAUCUCUUCUUUUCACGAAGAGGUGUUCUCUUGACGCUCUUUCUUCUCUCUUUAUAAAGCUGAUUUUGGUUUCCAGUGGCUGAUGGACCUUUAGGGACAGGAUGGUUCUCUGACUGACUAAUUCCUUGUACUGGCACAGUGUGUAUUAGAUGAUUGUAAGAUGUGGAUAUACUCUGCAUAGUACCCUAUCAUCAGGGAGAACAAACAAGGACACAGGCAGGGUUGACAGGAGUGUGAAGAUCAGCAAAGUUAACUUUACAGGGAAGAUUGUUUAAACCACUGUGAAGCAGAGAUGUUUCUUGCAUGAGUGAAAUAUCAGGCUGAUAAGCAUUCUCAUAUUCCUGAUUACUUUGACGCUUUGUUCAGAGUUGACAUUUCAUCAUCUUCUGGAAGGAUUACAAAUAUUUUCACGAGUGAUAUUGUACAAGUGAUUAACUUUUGUGGGUUCCAUCUGAGCUUUUCUGCUGUGCUUGAUCACUAGCUGAGGUAAAUAAACACAUAUAAACAGUAUCAUGAGAACCUAAUCAAAGGACUGCUCAUGGCGCAGCAAAGAAGAGAAAGGCACGAGGGCCAUCACAGCAGUAGGUUCUCUUCACGAGUCACUCAUGUACUUCACAAUGCGUCCGCCUCGGUUCUGCGCUCCCUGCCCAGGAGAGGAUGGAGGAAAAGCUCCCAUGCCACUUGUUCUGAUGACAUCAUGCAACAAGAGACCUCUCCCAUCUGCUCGGCCGAUAUUGAGGAUCAGCUAAGAAAGCAGUUUGCGUACUUGUCAGGUGGAAGAGGGGAAAAUGGCAGCCCAGUCAUCACAUUUCCAGAAUACCCAGCAUUUAGUGAGAUUCCAGAAAAAGAGUUCCAGAAUGUACUCACCUAUCUGACAAGUGUCCCAAUUUUACAAGAUGCUGGAAUUGGCUUCAUCCUAGUGAUCGACCGAAGACUGGACAAAUGGACCUCGGUGAAAGCAUCCAUUCUGAGGAUUGCGGCAUCUUUUCCUGGAAAUUUACAGCUUGUUAUAGUCCUGCGCCCAUCAGGACUAUUGCAGCGCACCCUCUCGGAUAUUGCAUUCAAAUUCAACAAAGAUGACUUUAAAAUGAAAGUACCGAUCAUAAUGCUGAAUUCAGCAACGGAACUACAUAAUUAUAUUGACAAGACCCAGCUGACUCGAGAUCUUGGGGGCACACUGGAUUAUUGCCAUAAGGACUGGCUCUCACAUCGCACUGCUAUAGAAAACUUUGCCGUCAUGGUGAAACAGACAGCCCAAAUGCUCCAGUCUUUUGGGACAGAGCUGGCGGAGACAGAGCUGCCAAAUGACGUUCCCUCCACAAGCUCGCUGUUACAUGCACACACAGAGAAAAAGGAAAAAAUGAAGGAUCACCUUAAGGUAGCAUUAAAGCAGGGAUGUGAUAUUUUGGAGAAGAUCAUGGAACCACGUAAAGAGAACCCUGAGUAUAGGAUGAAUCAGGACCAAAUGGACAACCAAACUACUGUGGAGAGGCUUCUUUUGCAAUUAAAUGAAACAGAAGCAGCUUUUGAUGAGUUUUGGUCUAAACAUCAACAGAAGCUUGAACAGUGUUUACAGCUACGUCAUUUUGAGCUAAACUUUCGAGAGAUUUCUACAAGUCUGGAUGGUAUUUCUGAGAGGCUAGAAGCUUUUACAGAUGUAGGAAACAGCUGCUCCCAUGCUGAACACAUUCUGAAGGACCUCUGUAACUUUGAGGUUAAAUCCAAAGAUGCAUUACAGGCAGCCCAAAAUUUAGUCAGAGAAGGUGAUCAGCUCAUUCAGAGUAAUCACUAUGCUGUAGACUCCAUCCUUCCGAAAUGCAACGAGAUUGGUAAUUUAUGUGAGAGCAUUAGCAACUCCAUUCAGCAGAGACGGCAAAACCUUCACAAGUCCUUGGAAUUGCACAGACAUUUGGAAAAGACAAUGAAGUGGUGUGAUGAAGGGAUUUACUUGCUGGCUUCCCAACCUGUGGAUAAGUUCCAGUCUCAGGAUGGGGCAGAAGCUGCACUUCAGGAGAUUGAACGGUUUCUAGAGACUGGCACAGAUAUAACUAUGAAAGAUUUGGUUUUUAUUUUGAGGAAGUACGACUCGAUUCUCACUCCGGAACUGCAGGAGCAUGUCAAUAAGGUGUACCAGAAGCAGGAAAGCAUGCAAGAGAUGUUUGAGAAGAGGAAAGGUAGCCUUAGAAAACUUGCAGCAAAGCAAACCAGACCUGUCCAGCCAGUUGCACCUAGACCAGAAGCAAUUUCCAAGUCUCCUACCUCCUCUCCAGGUCUUCAAAGGUCAUCUGAAAGCAGAAAUAGCUCAGGAAGUAUUCAGCGACGGAUAAAUUAUCGCAGAGCCAAGACUGAAGUGGAUGGUAAUCAGAUUAGAAGUGCAUCAGCGAUGGAGGAUGAAGAAAAUCUAGCAGUAUUAAGAAGACAUGUCAUGAAUGAACUUAUUGAGACAGAAAGAGCAUAUGUGGAAGAGCUGCUAUCUGUGAUUGAGGGUUAUGCUGCUGAAAUGAGUAAUCCUCUAGUGAUGGACCUUAUCCCCUCAGUGCUACAGAAUAAGAAGGAUGUUCUUUUUGGCAACAUGGAAGAAAUUUAUCAGUUUCAUAACAGAAUAUUUUUGAGAGAGCUGGAACAUUACAGAGACUAUCCAGAAUUAGUUGGAAGGUGUUUUUUGGAAAGGAUGGAAGAUUUCCAGAUCUAUGAAAAGUACUGCCAGAACAAGCCACGAUCAGAGAGUUUGUGGCGGCAAUGCUCUGAUGCUGCUUUCUUUCAGGAUUGCCAAAGGAAACUGGACCAUAAGCUGAGCCUGGACUCCUAUCUUUUAAAACCUGUGCAAAGGAUAACAAAGUAUCAACUACUGUUAAAGGAAAUGCUUAAGUACAGUAAAAACUGUGAAGGAGCUGAAGAUCUUCAGGAAGCUCUGGCCUCUAUACUGGGCAUUCUUAAGGCUGUCAACGAUUCCAUGCACCAGAUAGCAAUCACUGGAUAUGAGGGGAACUUAAAUGAACUUGGCAAACUCUUAAUGCAAGGAUCAUUUAAUGUGUGGACAGAGCACAAGAAGGGCCAUUCCAAAGUAAAGGACCUUGCUAGGUUUAAACCAAUGCAAAGGCACCUGUUUCUGCAUGAAAAGGCUGUGCUGUUCUGCAAGAAGAGGGAUGAGAAUGGGGAGGGCUAUGAGAAGGCGCCAUCCUACAGCUACAAACAUUCCUUAAAUAUGAUGUUUGUUGGAAUUACUGAGUAUGUGAAAGGAGACAAUAGGAAAUUCGAAAUUUGGUACAAUGCAAGGGAGGAGGUUUAUAUUGUGCAGGCACCAACCCCAGAAGUAAAGGCCACCUGGGUAAAUGAAAUCCGAAAGGUGCUGACAAGCCAGUUAAAGGCACACAGAGAUGCCAACCAACACAAAUCAGCAGAGCAAGCAAAUAGCUUACCUGCUGCUCUUCCAUCCAAUACUAGUCCUCUGAGAAAUAAAUCGGGGAAGAUCAAAAAGCUGGAGGAAAGAAAAACGGAGCCUCUAUUGAAUGUCUCCUUAACAUCUGUACCAAAAUACCUUGAAAAAGGCAAAGAUGGCACAGUUACUAGUCCUACCUCAGAUUCUUCUGCCUUGUCAAAAAAGCGCUUCACUUUGCAGGGGUUCUCAAACCUCAAAAGUCAGAAAGCUUCUCCUACCAGUCCAGACAAAAAAGCUAAACGCCAUGAAGUAAAGAGUGACCCAACUCCCUUUGGUUUAAGAGGUUGGAACAGAGCAUCACAUUCACUUGAUGUCUCUGAAGAAAAUAAUGAAGAUUGGUCUAGUGGAGAGGAUCCCAUUAACUCUUCAGAUGCAGAAGAGGACGGAGGAGGAGAUCCACCAGAGAAAAAACUAACUCCUGGUAAAUAUACUGUAGUGGCUGACUACGAGAGAGGUUCCAAUGAGCUUCUGGUAAAGAGUGGAGAUCUUGUUCACGUAAUGCAUGAAGAGGACGGUGGAAUGUGGUAUGUGAAGAACUUGAGUACCAAUAAAGAAGGUCUGGUACCUGCCAGCAACCUAAUGACUCUCAUAGGCACUUCCAAAUCUACUCACUCUUUAAGCAGCUCUGAAUCGGGACCCUCUUCGAGCACUUUAAGCACAUCUUCCAGCUGCAGCGAGAGUUGCAAUGCAGGCACCACCAGUUUCUCCGAUAUCAAGAGUUGAGCCAAUGCUCUGUGUAUGGAAAAGCUGAACCAGCGCUGCAAGUCCAGAAGGAAGUUGGGGAGAGAAAUGGCAAUUCUGCUGCUAGUACAGAUACACAUGCUGCUGGACCAGCGACAAUGCAUUCUGUCUCUGUAACCCACAAUAGUGAUUUCCAUCAAAUGCAUGCUAGCAGAGUGAGCUGUCAGAUAGAGGAGAAGUAAGAAAUGGGACUAAGUGUGUCCUGCGUCAGAGAAAUCUCAAAUUCCGCACUUAUUGGAAGUGUCGUUUACAGCUCUAAAAAAAUGUAAAGUGUUUACAAAGAAACAUUUUACCCUGCUAAUAACUAUAAUAUAAUAACUAUAUCCCUGCUGUGGAAGAUGAUGACGUCCUUGGAUUCCUUGGCUCUUUAUAAUUCUAACGAAAGCAUCCAAAAACAGAACAAGCAAAACUGUUUUUUUUUGCUUUUUACACACUUUUUUAUGUGUCGUGGGGGGUUUCACCACUGAAUAAUUUCUAAGUGAAUACCAUGUUAACUUUUACAGGUUCCAGUUUACUAAAAUAUUUGAUACAAAGUUAUUUUUCCACAGUCUUAAAGUCAGCAUUUGUAAUUGUGGAUUAGUAGACUUAACAUUUUCUAUGUUUUGUUUGUGUUGGAUCAAAAUGCUGCUCUCCUGUUUAUGCUGUGGGUAAGCAUGCUGCAGUAUCUAAUGGUUUUCCUCUGAUUCCUUUAGCUGGAAGGAAUGGAAGAAACAGCUACAACAGAUUAUUUAACACACAGCAUUUUAUUAUACCUGAAUAGUAAUGUGAGUCAGAUAAUCCAUCCCUAUGCCGAGCCCUGAAAAUCACUAAUUCACUACUGACUGGGUGUGAAUAAUGCCACUUUGGUUCUUUUCAUCACUGCCAUAAACGUUUCAUUGCUUCCUUAUACUUAGUACAACAAAAUCAGAAGUGUUACUGAUCUGUGGAAAAUCAUACUGAACAAAACUCAAUCGCCCUCACACAAACAUUUGCAUGUAAAUAUAGAAAAAUAUAGCAAUGGGGACCCACGGUUCAAAACAAUGAAUAUGGAUACAGGGAAGAGUUUAGGACGUUGCCAAAUAAUACCACCAUGUGUAGCCGUUGUUGUAGAACUGUAGGACCUUCUAUGUGGUGUCACAUGGGACUGUAAAACAGGUGAGGAGUUCUGGUGAGAGAGAAUCUUUUUCAGCUGUAGCCUGAGAGGGUUCCAAGUCAGAGUGUACAGCUAGAAUAAUUUCUACUCAUUGUAUAUUAAUGUAUGUAUAUGUAAACUUAUAAAUGUAUGCCUUUGCACAGUGCUUAAUGGGUGACAUUCUUAAUGAACCAGCCAUUCCCUCAGCCCAGGGGAUGAGCUGAACCUGAGUACAACCAAGGAUGAAUCACUGGUCUACACCAUUUCAGUUGCUGAUGAUUAUUAUGGAGCAAUCACUUCAGCUUUGUUUUGACAAAAAUAUGCCCCCUUUUUGGUUUUUUCAAUUGCAAUAAAUAGGUUCUGUGAUUUCCUUAAUGCACCAACAGCAAAGAGUUUUUUGCUUAUAAGUGGAUCCACCUCUCCAAAAGGUUUGUCUAGAAAAGAACAGCUUCAGUGGAGUCAGUGGUUAUUCAGGCUUUGUGACCAAAUUGCCAUUAGUCUUAAGCUGGCUGUGCAUAAUCAAAAUGUUUGGCCAUUUUAACCUUCAUUCUUUGUUUUGGACCUUUAGAUUUUCAUGUGGAAGACUAUGGUUCAACCUCUUUCAAUCUCCUUGCCAGUUACUUCUGAACUUUGUUUCCACAGGAAUCGGAGAAAGGGAUUUAGCCCAUAUAUUCUAACAAAUCUUGUGAAAUGAGUUUGACUGCCAAACAUCUAUGUCACAGUGUAAAUACUAAAAACACCUUUUUAUACCAGUGCCCCAUGUUAGAUCCAAGGAUUCAUCUUUAUUGGCUUUGAACCUUGUCAUGUUACACCUUAGUAAGAUCCCAGUAUGGACACUGCCUUGUGCAAUGUGCACUCUUCACCUAUAUCCAUAUAUAUGUUCACUACUACACUUGAUUAUCUUGGUGCGUAGAAGCAGUUCAGGUUUGUUUUUCUUUUAACUCUCCCCAAUAUUUUCUUGGGACCAAUAUUGUUCUUAUUUCUUAUAUGUCUUAAAAGGGAAAUGUAUCUUAAGGAUUUACUUUCAUGUUUUCACAAGACUUUAUUUCUAUGCAUAUUGCAUUCCUAAAGAGAGACGAGAACAGCUAAUGCACCUUAUUUUCCGACAUAUAGGUGGUGCUGUUCUGUUGAGGUCUAGGAAGAAUUCUUCUAAUUCAAGUAAUAACGAGCUACCGUCCAUAUACUGUAUAUAAUCCAAAUUUGGAGAGAAAAAAAACAUACUUUAUCAUCCAUUAAAUGAAAAUAAAUGUAAAAUGAAGUUUAAUUUUAAAAAAAAAUUCAUUUCAGAAGCCUACGACAAUCUCUGACACCCACUGUUAAUACGUAAACAAGUGUACAACUUGUUAUUAGCAAUUUGCACAGAUGUUGGCUUCUCAACUAUGCUGUAAGUUAUUUGUAAAUAAUUUGUAAAUUAUUAGACUGCUCUUGAUGAUAUUGUGUAGAUAGACACUGUGCAAAGCCUUUCCCUUGUCACUGUCAUCUGUAUAUGGAUUUCUAAAUACUUGUUGACUGCACUUUACAGGCCACAUCUCAUAUGCUUUUAUUUUCUACUGCCGAUGUAAAUUUCAGAACACAAUGUGAAAUAUUGUAUUAUGACAGUUUACUGAAUACAUUUCAAUGUGUUA